AUGGAUAAAGGUGUUCUUCGUCGUUACCUAGAUUUACCACAACCUGAUGACAAAAUCAUGGCUACUUAUGUUUGGAUUGAUGGUACUGAAGAAAAUCUUCGAGGUAAAACUCGAACAGUUGAUAAAGAACCAAAAUCACAUAAAGAUUUACCUUGGUGGAAUUUUGAUGGAUCAUCAACAGGUCAAGCUGAAGGUUCAAA